GGCGCAGUGGGCCGUGACCUCUCGGCGUGGGGCCCAGGGCCGCGAUGCUGCAGCUGGUCCGCAGCACGGCGCGGGGCUACCUGCGGCCCGCGGGCGGCUUAUUACAGGGCCUGAGCUCGCUGCCUCCAGGUGCAGUGGGGCCGGCUGGGCAGGCUGAGCCGGAGGCGAGCCCUGAUGGUCUGCAGGCCCCCCCGGUGCUGCGCAAAUGCGACUUUCCCGUCCCCCCACAUCGGCGCCCCGUGCAGGCCUGGGUGGAAUCCCUGAAGGGCUUCGAUCAGGAGCGCGUGGGCUUGGCCGAGCUGCACCCCGAUGUUUUCUCCGUGCCUCCCAGGCUGGACAUUCUGCACCAGGUGGCUAUUUGGCAGAAGAACUUCAAGAGAAUUAGCUAUGCCAAGACCAAGACACGGGCCGAGGUGCGGGGCGGUGGCCGGAAGCCUUGGCCGCAGAAGGGCAGCGGGCGAGCACGGCAUGGUAGCAUCCGGUCUCCCAUCUGGCGAGGAGGCGGAGUGGCCCAUGGCCCGCGGGGCCCCACGAGCUACUAUUACAUGCUGCCCAUGAAGGUUCGGGUGCGGGGCCUCACCGUGGCGCUGACGGUCAAGCUGACCCAGGAUAAUCUGCACAUCGUGGAUUCCCUGGAUUUGCCCACGGCCGACCCCCAAUAUCUUACAGAGCUGGCACGCUACCGCCGCUGGGGAGAUUCGGUGCUCCUGGUGGACAUGGAGUAUGAAGACACCCCGCAGAACAUGGUGGAGGCCGCCUCAAGGCUCAAGACCUUCACACUGGUGCCCGCGGUCGGCCUGAAUGUGCACAGCAUGCUGAAGCACCAGACACUGGUCCUCACGCUGCCCGCGCUCGCCCACCUGGAGGAGAAACUGCUGUGGCAGGACUCACGCUACGCCCCACUCUACCCCUUCCACCUGCCCUACCGUGACUUCCCCCGUGCCAGUGCAUAGCAGCAGCACCCCAACUCCUGCCACAUAUCCAUACUGGAGACUUGAGCAGGCAGCACCCCUCAGCCCCAUCCUCCCAAGAGUCAGACAGCCUGGCCGUCUCCUGCACCCGUGAGAAUGCAUCUGGCUUCCAAAGAGGCAAAAAAAAUGGAUGC